AUGGUGAACGAGGACGUAGAUUUAAGGAGUAAACCCGGCGUGGGUGUGAUGCCGGGGUCUCCGCAGGGUUCGUCUCGGGUUCCGGGGAAAUUCGGGACGGGUCCUGUCAAGUGGGAUUGUCAAUGUUUACAACAUGGAGGAGUUUUUGGAGGGCUAGUGGGGGUGGAGGUGGUUGGGGAGGGGCUGCAAGUUUGGACUGAAAUGCCCCUCAAUAAGGCUUUUCUGACCUGGCAUCCCCGGAAAGUCGUAUACUUUAAGUCCUACGCAUUCGGGUGUCGAGUUCAGCCUCCCUUGGGUCCUUUCUCUGCUAGGAAGAUUUUCGUUCUGUGUCCCCAAACCACUCCAAUGGCGAAUCCCGACCUUCCCCAAACCAAGAAGCUUCGUCAGACGGUUCAAUUUCAACCAAGAUGGGAAGACCUAAACGUGGACUGUUUGGCAAAUGUGUUUGGAAGAGUUGGUAUCACGGCAUUGCUCUUGAGUGUCCCUUUCGUGUGUAAGUCUUGGUACAGAGCAAGCCUCGACUCUGCAUGUUGGCAACGUCUCAUUUUGCCUGAUGUUGAUACUGAGAUUGACCUUGGAAAUGAGGGAUUUUGGAAUUCUGACAAUGAAAUUGAAGCUGUGAUUGACAGAAGACUAGAGCUUUUCCGUUUCGAUACCUUGAUGCGCAGAUUUGUAUGGGGAUAUCAAAUUGAUCAUAAUUGCUUUUCUGAGACUCAAUUCAUAAUGUUUGUAGUCAAUCGUAGCAGAGGACAGGCUACUUUCCUCAGGCUGCCUCCACUCUGUCAAAUUGCAUUAUUGAAUCGUGUUGCAGAUGUGUGUCAUGGACUGAAGGGUUUGUCUUUGCAUCGCUGUUCGCUGAUCUAUUCAUCAAGCAUUAUCCCAGAGCUGAUUGGAAAGUGUAAACAUUUGGAGCUGUUGUCAUUGAGGGGGGGCAGUAAUAAUUUGAAGGAACUCCUUUUACAGAUCAGCAUUCACUGUAAGAAUUUCUGUCGUUUACUUGUGUUGAAUGCUGUAAUUGGUAGAGAAGAUGCAUUGGCAAUUGUUAACUUGGUUCCUAAUAUUAAGUACUUGAGCUUGAGGAAGUCAUACAUACAUCGGGAUAAUCUUGUCACAUUAUUCCGGUGCUGCAAAGAACUUGUGCUUUUGGAUGCUAGGGAUUGCUCUGGUUUUGAUGGCGGUGAUGUUGAAAUAUUAGCGCUUGCUUCUCAAAUUGAUAAGUUCAGCUGUGAGGGUUCUAGAAAUGGUGACUGGAAAUCAUGA